AUGUUGGCCACCUUGUGGCUGCUUAGCCUUUCUCUCCCCACUUCGUGGGCCCAGAUAUUAGUCAGUUGUGCCUACAAGAGUCUCUGCCAGCAGGCCCUGCUCUCAGGCAAUGAUGUUGUCCUGCAGUGUGACCAUCUCAAGGCAUGCUGGUCCUCCUCUUCCGUUCUGGGGGAGGAUCUCUUGUUGCUCUCCUCAGUGCCUAACAUAAAGAAACUGCCUGGGGGCAACCUCCAAUUGACCAACCCUCAGCCCUCCCCGACAGGCCUCUAUCACUGUGAGGACAAUGACAAUGCCCUCGUGGUAGAGUGUGAGAUUGAUUUCCAAGAUGUCACUACCCUACAUAUUAUGCACAAAGGCCUGGGCCAAAAGCCCCUGCAGAAUGAGACCCUGAGUCUGGGUGGCAAGGAGCUCAUCUUCACCCACUGGGAGCCCUGGCAGGACUGUAACCGCUGUGGGGAGCCAGGUGAGUGCAAACACCUGGGGUACUGCUACAUAGAGGAGCCCCUGGAAAAACGCAUGCCCUGUUGGCUGUAUCUGCAAGAAGAGAAGGUACAGUACAGACGCAUGUGGCCUGAGAUGCAGGUGGAAGCCUGCCUUAUACCCUGCGACCACAUCAAGUAA